AUGGCGACGUCGCACGGAUCACGCCGUGAUCAUUCGACUCUGGCACGAACGUCACUCGACGAUGUGAAGCAUUCUCUUUCUCUCAGACCUCCUUCGUUUGAUUAUGCUGCGGUUAUACAGUCGGUUCUUGGUUUAGCAGACGCCACCUAUACUUCGUGCUGCAGGGACCCAAUACGCGUAGAUGGUUCCGGUUCAUUAGUUCCCUUAGUCUCGCCCGCCUUGAGUCGACUCAGAAGCGUGCGACUUUCGAAUAUGUUCUUUGUGCCGCCCUUCCUUGCCGGUUCCGCCCUUCCUUGCCGGUUCCGCCCUUCCUUGCUCGUUCCGCCCUUCCUGCUCGUUCCGCCCUUCCCUGCUCGUUCCGCCCUUCCCUGCUCGUUCCGCCCUUCCCUGCUCGUUCCGCCCUUCCCUGCUCGUUCCGCCGCGCUUGCUCGUUCCGCCGCGCUUGCUCGUUCCGCCGCGCUUGCUCGUUCCUCCGCGCUUGCUCGUUCCUCCGCGCUUGCUCGUUCCUCCGCGCUUGCUCGUUCCUCCGCGCUUGCUCGUUCCUCCGCGCUUGCUCGUUCCUCCGCGCUUGCUCGUUCCUCCGCGCUUGCUCGUUCCUCCGCGCUUGCUCGUUCCUCCGCGCUUGCUCGUUCCUCCGCGCUUGCUCGUUCCUCCGCGCUUGCUCGUUCCUCCGCGCUUGCUCGUUCCUCCGCGCUUGCUCGUUCCUCCGCGCUUGCUCGUUCCUCCGCGCUUGCUCGUUCCUCCGCGCUUGCUCGUUCCUCCGCGCUUGCUCGUUCCUCCGCGCUUGCUCGUUCCUCCGCGCUUGCUCGUUCCUCCGCGCUUGCUCGUUCCUCCGCGCUUGCUCGUUCCUCCGCUCGUUGCGCCGCUGCUCGUUGCGCCGCUGCUCGUUGCGCCGCUGCUCGUUGCGCCGCUGCUCGUUGCGCCGCUGCUCGUUGCGCCGCUGCUCGUUGCGCCCCUGCUCGUUGCGCCCCUGCUCGUUGCGCCCCGCGCCCCUGCUGA